UCUCAAACCAACCAACUUUAAUGACUAGUCUCUGAAUGACCUAUAACAUAUUUACCACGCAACCUUCUACCCCUUCUAUAGAAUUUGGAACAUCCAUACAUAAGUUUACCAAAGAAAUCAGCAGCUGAGUUUGAGAAGUGACAGGAAAGAAACAGCAUGGAACUAAAUUUACAUCAUACAGCUGCAGGAUCUAGUAGACCUGGGUGCAGCUACAAAGUCAUACCAGUCAUAUAUUGGCCACUGGCUGAAACAUCAUAUACAUUUGAAGCAACGAAACACUCCUAGAUCAUUAGGUUUCCAAGUACCAGCAAG